AUGUCUCUCUGGGAAUGUAUGUUAAGCAAUAAAAAAAACAAAAAAAAACACUAUCCUGUAUUCAUCUCCAAUACACAAGGCAUUCCUUUUCUCUCACCCCUUCUCUCUCUCUCUCUCUCUCUCUCUCGACUAAGUCCCACUUUCAUUUUUUCACCACCACAUUCACUUGUUCCUUCUGUACUCUUCUCCACUUUCCCUUUUAUUCUCUCUUCCUCUCUCCCUCCUUUCUUCCUCUCCCUCCUUUCUUCCUCUCCCUCCUUUCUUCCUCUCCCUCCUUUCUUCCUCUCUCCCUCCUUUCUUCCUCUCUCCUCCUUUCUUCCUCUCCCCUCUCUUUCUUCCUCUCCCUCCUCUCUUCUCUUCCCUCUCCCUUUCUUCUCUCCCUCUCUUCUCUUCCUCUCUCCUCUCUUCUCUCCCUCUCUCCCUCUCUUCUCUUCCUCUCUCCCUCUCUUCUCUCCCUCUCUCCCUCUCUUCUCUCCCUCUCUCCCUCUCUUCUCUCCCUCUCUUCUCUCUUCACUUCACUUCUCACUUCACUUCUCCCCACCAGCAUCUAGUUUAGAACCCUCUUGCCUUCACUCUCUCUACAUUUCUCUACAUCUCAUUCACUAUUUUCAACUCCCCUCCAUACACCCCUCUCAACAUUCUUUGCUUUUUCUCCAUUUCCCCUUCCAUCUCUCCCCCCCCACCUCGCCAUUCCUUUUAUAUCUUAUUUCCAAAUCUUACCCUCACAGCUUUACGCUGUGUUGCGAUGAAGUUUGGACCUGGGAUAUUACUGCUUGCUCUUAUCUAUCUACCUGUUUUCCCAGCUUGAAUUAUGAAUGUUUUAAGAAUUGGUGCUUCCAUCAGCGGAGAUGCAGUUUGGUCACAAUGUCACUUCUCUAUUUGGGGAGGUAG